AUGGCCGCUAAUUCAUGAUGGCCGCUGUGUUGACUUUUGAGUUUUGAGGUUAUAUGUCAAUAAAAUUUGUAUUCUUCGAAAAUGUCAUCCGCAAGAAGAUGUAAGAAUUGUGGUAGUUCUGAUAUUGAAGUUGACCCAGCAAGAGGAGAUGCUGUUUGUACAAAUUGUGGGUCAGUUUUGGAAGACAGUAUUAUUGUUUCGGAAGUACAAUUUGAAGAAAAUGCUCACGGAACAAGUAGUGCUAUCGGUCAAUUUGUUUCCGCGGAAUCAAAGGGAGGCGCCUCCAGUUUUGGAGCAUGUAAGUUCUUAUCUACAUCUACAACAUCCAAGCAACAACAUGUAACAUUAAAAUGUUUAAUUUUAGCUUUUCAUGUUGGAAUGGGUGUUGAAUCGCGUGAAUUAACACUAAAAUAUGCAAGAGUAGGUAUAUCAAAUUUGUGUAAUCAACUGAGAUUGAAUCAACACUGCGUAGAUACAGCAUGCAAUUUUUAUAAAAUGGCACUAACAAGAAAUUUAACAAGAGGUCGACGUCAUGCACACGUUUAUGCAGCAUGUGUUUAUUUAACGUGUCGCACUGAAGGGACGCCUCAUUUGUUAAUUGAUAUUAGUGAUGUGCUACAAAUAUGCUGCUAUGAAUUAGGAAGAACCUACUUACGCUUGUCACAAGCCUUAUGCAUUAAUGUUCCAUCAGUUGAUCCUUGCUUAUAUAUUCUUCGCUUUGCGGCAAAAUUGGAAUUUGGAUCAAAAACGCAAGAAGUAGCGAACACAGCACUUCGAUUAGUGCAAAGAAUGAAACGUGAUUCUAUACAUUCAGGUCGAAGACCCUCUGGACUUUGUGGGGCAGCACUUUUAAUGGCAGCACGUCUUCACGAAUUCAACCGAACACCUAGCGACAUAGUGAAAAUAGUGAAAGUCCAUGGAUCAACAUUACGGAAAAGGCUGGUCGAAUUUGGAGAGACGCCCAGUAGCAGUUUAACUCUAGAAGAAUUUAUGACAGUUGAUUUAGAAGAAGAACAGGACCCGCCUUCUUUUAAAGCUGCUAGGAAAAAGGAUAAAGAAAGAUUGCAAAAGUUGAUGGAAGAAGAAGGAGACAAUUUAACUGAGUUACAAAAACAAAUAGAAAAUCAUCUGGAAAAUAAAACCAAAAGGGCAAGAAAACCCACAAAAGGGCCGAUUUUAGCCAAGGAAAAAGAAAGUCCAAACGACAUCAACGACGUAAAUCGUUUCGUCGAAGAGGAAAUCAUUGGGACCAUUUCGCAAAUAAUAAAAGAAGGGAAUGUUGAUGACCCAAGCACUGAAGAGCACGUACUUGAGUUGGGUCCCAAUAUAAGUAGUAUGGGAUUAGCUAAAUCGCUAGAUGAUACUAGAACAAUUCCUGCAAACACACAAACAGAGAUAGAAAUAGAUCUGGACGAUGUCGACGAUGAAGAGUUGGACGCGUACAUAAUGAAUGAAGAUGAAGUCCAACAUAAAGAUGGACUUUGGCAUAAACUGAAUGCGUCUUAUUUAGAGGAACAAAAAAUAAAACAAGAGAAAUUAGCAAAAGAAAAAGAAGAAGGUAAGCCAGAGAAGAAAAGACGACGUACGACUAGAAGACGAAAUAAUCAAACAGGGCCUUCCAGUUCUGCUACUGAAGCGAUUGAAAAGAUAUUGCAAGGGAAAAAAGUUUCGUCAAAAAUCAACUACGACGUCCUCAAAACACUUAAUGCCUUGAAACCUGAAGGAGAUGGUGAAAAGGAGGUGCCGGUGGAACUCCCGAAAAGUCCGCAAGGCGAACCUACUUCUUCUUCAGAGAUUACUGUACCUGAAAACGUAGGAAAAAAAUCGAAACAUUUAGUAAACAUAGAACGACGAUCUACAAAGAAAAAAGAAAAGUCCAUAGGUUUACCCGUUUACGUAUCCGAACCAACGAAAGAGGAAGAAAAAGCAACUGAAUCUAAAAAUGAAGAUGAUAAAAUGGAAAAUGCAAUGGAGGAGGACAUCGCAGAGGACUUUGAGGAAGAACCAGUGACACAAGAACCGGAAAUGGGUAUGUUGGACAUGUUGCGACAGCACCAACAAGGCCAUGGGGAUGACGAAGAACCAAGUUUCGGUUACGAUUACGAAGAAGACGAAUAUUAAGUGAUAAAAUGUGUACUUUCGCUACCUGCUGUAAUUUCAAUGUUCCAUUUUAGAAGUUGUUGUUUUUUUGACCACUGUUUGCCUAUUUAUUUGGUUAGGGUUACUUUUGUAUGACUUAUUAGCAAUAAAACUAGAUCAAA